AUGCGCCACGCCUGCGGUUUGAGCGGCUUUGUUCUGUGCUACUGGGGGAAUAAUGGGGCUGAGAACGUCUCUGGGGACGGCUGGCUGCGAGACACGAGAGGAGGGGAGGAAAUGAGAUCUAAAGGGCUGGAGAUCGGGACGUGCCAGGCAGAGGCUCCUGGGGGAGAGUGUCUGCCAUUGUUCCCGACUGGUCCGAGCACAAACUGA